UUGUGCCUGAGAGAGUUGUUUUCAGUUCGCUCAUUCCCUCUUCCCCGCCUUAAGAAAACGAUCGAGAGAGAAGGAGUUUGAGUGCAGAGAUGGAGAGCGAGCCUACUCGAGUGAUGGUGGCAGUGAACGAGUCUACGCUCAAAGGCUAUCCGCACGCGUCAAUUAGCAGCAAAAAGGCGUUCGAGUGGACACUGAAGAAGAUCGUUCGGUCCAAUACCUCUGGCUUCAAGCUUCUCUUGCUCCACGUUCAAGUUCAGGACGAAGAUGGUUUUGAUGACAUGGACAGCAUAUAUGCAUCUCCUGAUGAUUUCCGACAAAUGAGAGAGCGUAACAAGGCUAAAGGACUUCACCUUCUUGAGUUUUUCGUUAAAAAAUGUCAUGAGAUUGGGGUUGGAUGCGAAGCCUGGAUCAGGAAAGGUGAUCCCACAGAAGUUAUAUGCCAUGAAGUGAGGCGGCUCAGGCCAGAUUUUCUGGUUGUGGGAAGUCGUGGUCUCGGCCCUUUCCAAAAGGUAUUUGUUGGAACCGUGAGUGAAUUUUGUGUGAAGCAUGCAGAAUGCCCAGUCAUCACAAUCAAACGUAGUGCUGAAGAAUCUCCACAAGAUCCAGCUGAUGACUAGAUUCCAAAAGCAACACAAAAACCAUGCGGUGAGUUCAUGUCUGCUGAACCCCGAAAGCUUUUGAGAGACGAUAAGUGGUGUGUUGCAGUACAGAAGAAGAAAAAAGGUAGCAAAAACUCUUUUGAUUGAUCUAGUAGUAAGUGCGUCUGUAAUAGAUAAUAGAUGGAUACACACACACAGAAAUCAUUUAUAAUUGUGUGUCCAUUCUCUAAAACAUGAAAAACAAAAGUUCCUUCAUUUGUUCUGUAAUCUUUCUGACUCUUCCAUGUUUUUCAUUUAUGGCCUAUCCAAAGUCAGAUCAGUUACAUUAUA